AUGGCAUCCCGCUUCAUUGUCGUCUUCAGCGCCAUCAUCGUCCUGGCCCAAGGAUCGAAUAUUAUUCCCAUCGAGGAGGAGGCCGAGGUGGCAGUCCACUCUGGAGCUCCGGUUGCCGUCGGCUCCCAAGGACACCCAUCUGUAUACCAGCCUUCCCGUCCGAUCUACAGCCAUGGCCCAAUUGCUGCUCCCCUUGGAGGAUCUCAUCGUGUGAUCGGUUCAGGACUGGCUGCUCCUCUUCAUUCGGCUCCUCUUCACUCGGCUCCUGUUGUGGUUCGCCCGGCCACUGUUGUCGUUCCUGCUCCUCAAGUGGUGGUUUCCUCUCCUAAAGUGGUGGUGCCUGCUCCACGAGUGGUGGUAGCCCCAGCUCUGCCCCUCCGCCAUUCUCAUGGACUGCCAGCCCAUGGAUUGCCUGGCCAUGGACUGGCUGCUCAUGGACUGCCUGCUCAUGGAGUGGCAGCUCCAGUCGUUGUUGCCUCUGGACACGGCAAUGUUCACCAGAUCCGUCAUCAUGGCCAGAAACCCUACUAG